AUGAGUCGCUGCCGUCGUGCGUGGCUGCUCGCGGCCGCAUCGGCUGCAGUCCUGGCCGCCGUGAACGCCAACGCCUUGAGCUCCAUAUUGGCCUCUGAACGCGUGCUGGCCGAAGAGGCCGAAGACGAUGACAAGACGGUGCCUUUCAACUCAUGGAACAACGUCCCCGACACGCUGAGUCACUUGCUGGCCUUCGUGCUCGUGCUGCUUGGCGCACACCCGCUCGGACUCUUCUUCCCCAGGUACUUCCACCUACCGCUCAUCACUGGGUACUUGGUGGCCGGUAUUUUGUCGGGUCCGUUCCUGGCCAACCUGUUGAACGAGGACGUCGUGGACAUGCUCGGGUCGUACGUCAACGCCUUCGCGCUGAGCUUCAUCUCGUUCCAGGCUGGUCAGGAGAUCUACCUGCCGGAACUGCGACCACAGAUCAAGUCGAUCGUGGCGCUACUGUCCACUUACUACUGCACGGCAAUGGUGCUGGGCACCAGCGUCUUCAUGCUGGCUGCCGGCGCUUUCUUCUACUCGGACCUGGCGAACAGUUGCCAACUGGGCAUCGCGCUCAUGUUCGCAUCCAUUUCGGUGCUCGUCUCGCCGUCCACCGUCAUGGCGCUCAAGAUCGAGCUCAACAGUGUCGGUCCCUUUACGCACUUGGCACUCGGCACCUGCAUGACGGCGGAAUUCGUUGUGCUCGUGUCUUUCUCCGUCUCGCGUGUCAUCGCGUCCAUCUACUGCGCCAAACUGGACGUGUCCCCAGAGAGCAUAGCCUUCACUAUGGGAGUCGUACUCAUGAACCUCGUACUGGGGGCUCUGCUAGGCCUCGUGAUAAUCCUCAUCUUCCAGAUACCGAACGGCAAACCGGACGUGAUCACGGCUUCGUCAUCCCUACCUGCCCACGGGGUCUCAGUCUCUUCCAGCGCAGCAUCAAGGAUCUCGACUUCACACUACCAAAAGAAGAUGCAGCAACGCACGAGCAGCAAGCCGGACAUGAGCGACCAGGAGCAGAUAAGUGACGACCCGAACCAAACUCCUCACCCUCACAACGCCUACGUUGAGGAGACUGACACUGACAAGUCUCCGUGGUGGACAGAAGGCAAGGCACUCUGCCUCAAGGGCUUCAUCUGGCUGUUGGUAGGCUACCUGUUCUACCUCUUCACCAACACACUCAGUGAGCUCACUACUGCACACUUUGGACUCGUGUGGCAAGUCAAGUUGGAGGCGUUGCUGGUUCUCAUGCUGGCAUCCUGUGCGGCUGGUCACUACGCCGCCAUCCGCCCGCAGAUGCACGUCAUCCUGGAUACUGUGGCUCCGUACAUGUUCCUGCCAUUCUUCGUUAUGACAGGAGCGUCCCUGCAACUGGAUAAGGUGCUGGAUGUCAUCCCGUUGAUGAGUUUGUAUCUGCUACUUCGCUACACUGCCAUCUUCCUGGCCAUAUACGGAGGUGGACGCUUCCUGUUGAAGCUGCCACCUCGCCACUACAAGCACUUGUGGCUCACGAUGGCCCCUCAAGCUGGCGUCUCACUCGGGUUGGCUGCCGAGGUGAAAGAACUCAUCACCGACGAGUGGGGAUCCGAGUUCGCGGCAACUAUCGUGGCUGCAGUGGUGAUCAACCAGGUCAUCGGGCCUGUAUUGUGUUCGAUAGGUCUCCGUGGAGCUGGAGAGAGUAUGAUUGAUCGCCAGGCCGCAGCGGCUCAGAUCAAGUCGCAGUCUGAGCCAGACAAAACUGGCAGCGAGUUUGAUGUCGAAGCUGGUAAGGGAUCCGUCGAUCGCAUCGCGUCAUUCCGGAGUCUCAGUCGCCACAACAGCGCGCAAACUUUGUUCUCUACUCGCAGCAGCAGCAAAGACCCCAGACCGUUGCUACCAUUCUAUCGUGUGCAGAGUGCUGUGGUGCUUGGAGACGAUGAAGUGGCGUUCGAGAUUGCACUGGAGUUGUCGCUUUACGGUGCUCGUGUGAAUGUCCCGCUACUUGAUGAAGCUCGUGCCGACAAGUGGCGCCGCGUGAACGAGACCAUUCUACAACGCACCGCCAAGGGCGAACUGAUUUCGUUCCAGAAUACCAUCCAGGACCGUCACGGUGACGCUCCUGCAGACUCGGGGAUGCAAAAUGCCGACGUUCUCAUCUUCACGGGUGCUCCAGAACGUUCAUUGGAACAUGCUAAGGUCAUGCAGACGAUGCUGGGUGAACAUGCUCGGCCGCGGUUGAUCGCCGUGGUGGAUGACUGCGCUGCUGGAGCUCAAUUACGCGAGCUUGGAGUGCUCACUGUACAACCGUCCAUCGCCCUCGGUAACAUCGUGACGCGUCUCGCGUUGCUGGAUGCACCACUCGCUGCCAAUUUGUCCAAAGAACUCAGCUCUGCCAGCAAUUUCUCUACUGCCGCAUACUUCCGAGGCGACGUUGAUGGAGACCGCGACUCGGUCGCCUCUCUUUCCGAGCUGCGUCUGCCUACACGUCGCAUGACCCUCGGACGCAGCGUCGUCAAUCACCACUCAGUUGACUACGACCGCUUGGCCGAGACGUUGGCCGCCGAAAACCUGCCGAUGCCGCCGCCUCCGUCGCGUGUGUCCAUGUUCGGUACCUCGGCUGUAGAGCACGAUCCGUUCGCUACGCGCUCGAGAAACCUCGGCGCUCAUGAGCUCUACGUGGUGGAAGACGAGGGAUUCGACACCGAUGAUCGCUCGAUCUUCGAGGAUCAGUUCAUGGUGCCGUCUCCAACCUCCAGUGGCGGAGGUGGACGACGAUCCGUAUCGGGAAGACUGCCACGACGUCGAUCACGACUUGGCUCGACUAGCAGCAGCGUCGGUGGAGGCACCGGAUACGUCACGCUGCACCGUGGCCAGUCCACUGGCCUGUAG